AUGGAGAAUAACCCUUAUUCCUUUAAAACUUUAAUAAAUAUUUAUGAGGAAUAUUUAAAUUUGAUUGUUCAUAGAGUAAAAGGAUACAAAGUUUUAAUUUUAGAUGACGAAACGAAAAGUAUCAUUUCUUUAAUUUUUUCUCAUUCAUAUAUAUUAGAAAAGGAGAUAUUUUUAACUUUAAAUUUUAAUGAUAAUAAUAUAUUUGAAGAUAUAAAUAAUAAAGAUGAAAAAUUUGAUUUCAAAAAUCAUAAGAUAAAAAAUUUAAAACAUUUAAAGGCUAUAUUUUUAUUGAGACCUACUCAUACUAAUAUAUUAAAAUUGAUUAAAGAAUUAAAGAAACCAAUUUUUUUAGAAUAUUAUUUAUUUUUUACAAAUAUAUUAGAUGAAAAAUAUAUAGAAAAAUUAGCAAAAGCAGAUGAAUUUGAAGUUAUUAAAAAUAUCAUAGAAUAUUAUAUAGACACAUAUGUGCUACACGAUUAUUUAUUUACAUUGAACAUUGAUUAUACAUCCUUUUUAUAUAAAAAUAAUAAAUUUAUUUUAAAUGAUAAAAAAAAAAAAAAUUUUAAUUUUAAGCAGUAUAAAGAUUUUAAAAAAUAUGAAAAAUUGACAAUAGAUGAGUUUAAUGAAAUAAGAGAAAAUAAUUCUAUUAAUGAUGAUAAUGAUUAUAAAAAUGAUGAUAAUGUUAUUGAUGAUAUAAGUUAUUCUAAUUUUAUUCUUUAUGAAAAUCAAAUUAUAAAUAGAAUUGUAGAUGGUAUAUUUUCUUUAUUAUGUUCAACUAAGCAAAUUCCAGAUAUCAUAUAUAAUAAAAAUUCUAAUAUUUGUAAACAUAUAAUUGAUUUAUUAAAGGAGAAAGUGUUAAAAUAUAAAUCUAUUUUUUCAGGAGUUUUAGAAUCCUAUGAAAAAUAUAAUGAGGAAAUGGAGAAAUAUAAGAAAUUAAAUUAUGCAAAUGAAAAUAAUUAUCAAUUUAAUAAUUUAAUUAAUCAAAAUACAUAUACAAUGGGAAAUUCUUCUCUCUUAAUAAUUGAUAGAAGAGAAGAUCCUAUUACUCCUUUAUUAACACAGUGGACAUAUCAGGCAAUGUUGCAUGAAUUGAUUGGGAUUGAAAAUAAUAAAAUAAAUUUAGAAAAUAAUAAUGAAGAUGCAAAAAUAGUGAUGUCAUGUAACUAUGACGAUUUUUAUAAUGAGCAUUUAUUUGAUAAUUUCGGAGAUUUAGGGAAGGCAGUUAAAAAUUAUGUAGAUAUUUAUCAAGAAGAAACAUCGAAGAAAAGUAAUUUAGAAUCAAUUGAUGAUAUUCAAAAAUUUAUAGAAAUUUACCCAAAUUAUAAAAAAUUAUCAGGAAAUGUUACAAAACACGUUAAUAUAUUACAUAAAUUUUCAGAGAUUGUAGAUAAAAGACAAUUAUUUUACAUUUCAGAAUUAGAGCAAUCUAUAGCUAUAUAUAAUAAAAAAAGUGAACAUUUUAAACAAGUAUUAGACACAAUAAAAAACUACACAUAUACUAAUUAUGACGUAUUGAGAUUAUCAUUAUUAUAUUCUUUAAAAUAUGAAGAUGAAGAACAUAUUAAAAUAAUAAAAAAUGAAUUAACAAGAAGAAAUAUUGAUAAAGAUCAAAUAUUAUUAAUAGACGCUUUAUUAUUAUAUUCUAAUGAACAAAUUAGAAAUAACCAACUAUUCAAAGAACAAACAUUUUUAAAUUUAGCUAAAACAACUAUAACAAGAACAAUUAAAGGAAUAUCAAAUGUUUUUACUUUACACAAAUCAUAUAUAUAUUACCUAAUAGAUGAUUUAAUUAAAUCAAAAUUAAAUAAUCAAAUAUAUACAUCUACAAGUUUUUUAAAUAUGAAAUCAAAUCAAAAUAGAAAACCUAAUUCUAUAAUUGUAUUUUUCAUUGGUGGAGCAACUUACGAAGAAUAUAGAGAUAUUCAUUAUUUAAGUAAAAAAUAUAAUAUUACAAUUUUACUGGGAUCAACACAGAUACAUAACUCCCAAUCAUUUCUAGCUGAUGUAUUACAAUUAAUGAAAAAUUAA